AUGAGCGGCAUCCUCUGGUUGCCGGCUCAACGUCUUCGUAUUCUCGACACCUAUGAACAUCCGCAGCGUGCAUUGGUCGGCACAAUUGAGGCUACGAUCAAAUCAGUGGCGGAAGCUGAAGAAGAGCUCGAACGAGAGCCAGAAAUCGAACUGCCGAAGUUCCAUGACGACUACUCCAAGAGAAAAUGGGUUGACGAACAAGUCUCCAUCAACAAAGAAACUGUCAACGAACGUCUGGCAGCCAUGGGUGCAGCAACAGCUCAGGUUGUACAAUGGACCGCGGUACAAGAAGAAUAUGACGAUCGUGUUGGAACGGCCAUUGCAACGAUCGGCUCAAAUCUGCCGGAUGUUGGAAGAAAUGUUCGCGAUUUGGCGCAGUUUAUGCCUGAUCGAAGACGUGACGAUCUCAUCGAGGCCACUCGAAAACUGUGUGGAGCGUUCGCGACUUCCUUCAUGCCGUUAAUCCAGAGCAUGAGAGAGAAAAAAGAACGACGUAGUUGGCAGGCGAGCUGGGAUCGAAAGUUGGCGAUUUUCUCCUCACAACAAGUCAUCAACACAAUGGAUGAGCCCACACACGAACAAUCGUACUUCCAUGAUCAUCUCGUGCAGAAGGCGAAGAACGUGGCUACCAGUAAGACGCGUGCUUCAAGUCUCGUGGCUCAAGGUAGGGCUUAUUCCAUUUAUGGUCCUGAAGAAGUUACAGUCAUGGUGCCUGUCGGUGUUUGCCAUCGAGGUGCGUGA